UGAACGCACGACUGCAGCAUCUUCCCCGAGAGAACGAGCGCCACAAAGCGUCUGUUUCUGUGCGUGUUCCUGCAGCUCCGCGGCCGCCGACCCUCCCUCACCGACACCGGGGCGUCUUCAGGACCCCCGCCGGACACACAGGACCACCAGCAGCACACAGGACUCUUUUCUAUUAUUUUUAUUCCCAUUAUUGCUCCACCGAGCUCUCGUUUUUUUCCCCCUGAUUCCAGCUCUCCGUUUUGUCGGUGGUUUUUUUUUAUGUUUUGUUUUUUUUUUGCUUUUGUUUUAUUUAUUGGCCGUUGCGGAGGAGCGCCACCUUCCAUCCCCGCUCCGCCUGACAUGAGCACUGGCUGCAGCGGAAUGAUACACAUAUCCUAUAGCAGGCAUAUCUGAAGCUUGAUGGAAGAUUCACGAGCCCUGUGCGCGUUUUGAGCCUAUAGGACGCUGCAUCUUGCAGAGGUUUGGGGAUUUUUUUCUCCAGCGUCUCUUUCCUUCCGUCCCUGCGCAGCAUCUCUCCGCACGCACGGAGACGCACCACGGAGACGCGCGCUGCCUACAGAACCUGCGACAGUCCGCGAAGAGAAAAGAAGAAGAAGAAGCGUAUUUCCCCCCCCCCAUUCUUGCACCUCCUUCCGCCUCCUCCGAGGACCCGUCCGUCCGUCCGUUUACGCGGCUGCGCUGCGUAAAAAACAGCGAGUUCAAGCAGAGAAGAGGGAUUUAAACUGCGAGCGCAGCUCAAGCAUCCACGAGCAGAGCCUUGAAAAUGAUGGCCGGCGGAGCAGUACAGCAGAACGGCAUUUUCUCAAGUCCCCACCAUCACAGUCAGCAGCCACACAUGGAGUCCGACCCCCCGGAUUCGCGUAAGAGACCCCUGGAGACCCCCACGGAGGCCAGCAGCACCAAGCGCACGAACACGGGAGUGGCCUUCCUGCAGCCCCUAUUUGAAUCGGAAGGCAUUGUAUUCCCUGACCAAGAAACUGAGACUCAUGAGGAAGGCGAGUACUUCCUGAAGGUUUUGAUUCCCAGCUAUGCGGCCGGCUCCAUCAUCGGGAAAGGAGGUCAGACCAUCGUCCAGCUGCAGAAGGAGACGGGAGCAACGAUCAAACUGUCCAAAUCCAAAGACUUCUACCCUGGCACGACGGAGCGGGUCUGUCUGAUCCAGGGCACGGUGGAGGCGCUGAAUGGCGUCCACGACUUCAUCGCUGAGAAGGUCCGGGAGAUGCCGCAGAGCACCCAGAAGACGGAGCCGGUCAGCAUCCUGCAGCCGCAGACCACCGUCAACCCGGACCGGGUCAAACAGGCCAAGCUGAUCGUCCCCAACAGCACGGCGGGGCUCAUCAUCGGCAAGGGCGGGGCCACGGUGAAGGCGGUGAUGGAGCAGUCCGGGGCCUGGGUGCAGCUCUCCCAGAAGCCCGAGGGCAUCAACCUGCAGGAGCGCGUGGUCACCAUCAGCGGCGAGCCCGAGCAGAACCGGAAAGCCGUGGAGAUCAUCGUCCAGAAGAUCCAGGAGGACCCGCAGAGCUCCUCCUGCCUCAACAUCUCCUACUCCAACAUCACGGGACCCGUCGCCAACUCCAACCCCACCGGCUCCCCGUACGCCAACUCCACCGAGGUGAUGCCGGCGGCGGCCGCCGCCGCGGCCGCCACCGCCUCCUCGCUGCUGGGCCAGGCCGGCCUGGCGGGGGUCGGCGCCUUCCCCACCACCAUGUCCAGCCUCUCCGGCAACGACCUGCUGGCCAUCACCUCCGCCCUCAACACCCUGGCCAGCUACGGCUACAACACCAACUCCCUGGGGCUGGGGCUCAACCCGGCCGCCGCCUCGGGGGUGCUGGCCGCCGUCGCCGCCAACGCCAACCCGGCGGCCGCGGCCGCCGCCAACCUGCUGGCCUCCUACGCCAGCGACGCCUCCACCAGCGCGGGGCACCCCGCCGCCGGGCUCGGGGGCUUCUCUCUGGGGUCCCUGGCCGCCGCCACGGGCGCCACCAACGGCUACCUGAGCGCCGCCUCGCCACUGGUGGCGUCGUCCCUGCUGGCCACGGAGAAGCUGGCGGAGGGAGCGAAGGAGGUGGUGGAGAUCGCCGUCCCGGAGAACCUGGUGGGGGCCAUCCUGGGCAAGGGCGGCAAGACGCUAGUGGAGUACCAGGAGCUGACCGGCGCCAGGAUCCAGAUCUCCAAGAAGGGCGAGUUCAUCCCGGGAACCCGGAACAGGAAGGUGACCAUCACGGGGUCGCAGGCCGCCACGCAGGCCGCGCAGUACCUGAUCAGCCAGCGGAUCACCUACGAGCAGGGGGUGCGCGCCACCAACCCGCAGAAGGUGGGCUAGCCCCGCCAGGCCAAUCACAAGCCAGGAGGAAAAGAGGAAUAAAAAAAAAAGAGUGGGGGCUUGGGGGAGGAGUGUUAAAGAGAGAAAAGCGAGAGAACGGAAAGAAGGAGAGGAGAGCGGGAACGUUGGAAGGAAGCGUUUUCCUCGCCGUGUUUUCAGUAUUCUGUAUUAAAAAGGUUUUUGACGCAAAGCGGGACGAAGACGAAGAGGAGGGAGAGGAGCGAGUUAUCACGCUGAAAAACCAAGAAAAAAAUGUGUAAAAUGUAAAUACGGUUUUAUUACUUAACGUCUUUUGGGAUUUUUUAUUGUUUUUGUUUUUCUUGUUUUUUUGUUUUGUUUUGUUUAGUAAAUUAAGCUGUUUGUGUAUCGUGUGGACAGAGCUAAACGCCAUGUAGAUGGGGGGGGUCGGCAUGGAGGGGGGGAGGGUUGGUGUUUACAGGGUACGACCCUCCGCCCCCCCGACCUGAGACCACCCCCACCCGCCCCCCCCAGCAGCCCACACCCACCCGUUUAUCGUCUAGGAGAUUUGCCCCAUUGCCCCGCCCCCCCCUUACCCCCCCCACCCCAACCACCACCACCUCCCUCAAAAGCCCCCUCUCACGACUCGCCCCCCCACCUUACUUGCCCCCCCCACCACUAAAAAACAAGGUUUUAUAAUAAGCAAGACGUCGUUGUGUGAGAGAAGAAAUGUCCUCGCCCCCCUCCCUCCUCCUCGCCCCCCGUCUCUCUCGGGGGGGCGGCCGAGGGGUGGGGGGGAACUCCAGGGGGGUAGUGAGAAUCAGUGGGGCAUUUCUUCGUUAUUGCACACACACACAUGCACACACACACACACACGCCUGUGAUGCCCACAAGCAGCGCGGCCCUGCAGGGGGCAGCGGCACCUAGAGCCCCCCCCGGGCCCCCCCCGGCUCUAGUGGUGGAGACAGAGCGUCGCGUCUUUGCCGUCUCUUAUAAUAAACCUAUUAAUGAUUAUUACCGUAGGAAUCAUCUCCAUCGUCACUAUUUAUUAACGAGAUCACCCACAUGAAGCUCGGAUGUUUCGUUUCUUAUCGUUGAAUUCAGGUUGACAUGAAUGUAAAUGAGACUAUUUUUUGAUUUAAAUCUUUUUUUGUUUUAAUGUCAGUGGACUGAAGAUGAAUAGUAAUGUCACAUAGUGUAAUAUAUGUCUUAUUUAAGUCCGCCCCAGGCGUCGGUAUCAUCGCAGCGGAGGAUGACCUCACGUAUCCGGUCAGAGAGAGAGCGCACAUGCACACGCCGAGGCCCAAAACUACCACGCCAUCUCUGGUGCUAGAGAAGGGAAUAGGUCGCGUCGUCGUCGGCGAUGGACGGCAAUCGACACGUCCAGAACCGCCAGAAAACGCCUCCCAAACGCUCAUGCCGCAGACUGCAGAGCAGCUGAAUUCACUUUAAAGACCCGGUCGUGGCUCUAGGAACCGAAAAACCACGGCUCAAACGGCUCGUAAAAACUCGCAGCUAGAACCCGGCGCUGCUCGGCCGGCGGUCUGAACCCCUAACGGGUCACGGAGCACCUAACACUAACAUACUACUGAAAUGCAAACAUGAGUAAAAGGAAUCACUGACCCGGGUCCGAGUCUGCAGGCCCGGUCGGGUAGACGAGCGGCCCGGCGACAGAGCUCACUUCUGCAGACGGGAGGCUGCAGGUCGCCCCCGGCAACAGGUUUACCGCCCACUGUAGACCCACAAGGCUGCUGAAGAUGCUGUUGAUUAUUUUUGUUGUUGAUUCUUUUUUUUCUUUUUUUUUGUCUUUUGUGUUUUGUUUGUUUUUUAACAAAUCGGAGUACACUGAAUUUUUUUAUUUUUGAUUUUUUUUUUGUCUUAAUGCACUGUGAAGCCAGAGAGCUGUUCUCCUGACCCGCGAGGUCGGGGGAGCGUGCGCUAGAUCCUGACUGGAUGGGUUCUGUAUGGCAGGGAAAACAAAAAAAAAAAGGAAAAAAAAGAAAACAUAUAUGAAAUAUAUGUGGAAAUGCAUAUGAAGAACUUCACCAGACAGCACGUCAUAUCUGAAUACUGAAGGAGGAGGAAGAGACUAGGUCGAUGAAGAGGAUCAAUCAAUUGAAGUUGAGAUUUAUCAGAUUCUGCUUUACCUUAUCUUUUGGGGGGGGGGUGGAGCGGGGGGGGUUAGGUGUCCAGUAGCAGCUUAAAGAGACUGGAAGACAUUUCUAAAUUCAGUCCUCUAAAGCAGCUGUGUUUUUCUUUGAUAACGAGGGUGUUCUGCACGUCCCUGGACGGAUGUUCAGCUCCGACGAGGCUUCAGACAGAAUGUAAAAUGCUAAAAACCGAGGAGGGAGGGAGGGAGGGGGGGGGGCUUGCAUUUGAUCUGUUGACCUAAAUAGCCUUGUGAUGAGAGGGAGUCGCCCCCCUCCCUCCAGAUAUGAAAGGAAAAACAAAAAAAAGCUAAAAGAAGCAGGCCAUUUGGUUCUGGUGAGACCAAUCCGACCCAUAAUCCUCCUCUGUGCCGCCGAAUGUGUCACUCUCUGUUGGAGCGCCAGUGAGGGUUUAUCUCCGCAGCUUGGUAAGGAGGCUUCUUUACUCCCAUCUAACACCAUCCACACUCUCCUCACCCGCCACUCGUCCUCAGUUUUCCAGUGCACCCCCAUCCUGACACCCCCCCACCCCCACACCCCCCGCCCUCCUCCUCCUACCACAUCGCUCCAUGGGUGACUAUGUCUGGUGUUACGAUCGAUGCAUGUCUGCUGCUUGCCCCAGCAAACGCCGCGGAUCCAGUCUCUCCUCGGAGACGACCGCCAUCCGAGGAAACAAGAAACUAAACCUCACCUGCAGAGGAAGUCUUAGCUCAGAGAAGCUCUCGCCCGCCGUCUGGAUCCACGAGACAAACGGGAGACAAAAACGUUCAUUUGGAGCAUGUAGCUGCACAAACAUACACAUAUCAUAAGGGAGAAUUCUGACUAGUGUCACCAGAACAGCUGAGGAGGAAGACACCGGUACUGUGCUGUAUGCAGUCUGUGGACAAUUUAUCCUUUAUUAAGUUCAAAUAAGUCCAAAUUAGAUGAUUUGCUGCUUUUAAGCAUUUCGUAUAUCACUGUAACCGGAAUAGGUUUGUGUUUUGGACUCAGGCCAGCGAGCUAUGCGCUAACGUCCAGUUUAUACAGCAGAAGUAAACAUAUUUACACCCGUGGAAAAAAACAAUAGCUCUGGUUUCCAUAGCGAUAGUUUCCAUGGUAACUGUACGGGUGUGGAUUUUUUUCGAUUUAAAGCCACAAAUUGAUGUAUAAUUAGUUUUGUUUUGGGUUUUUUCUUUUGUCGUUUUGAGUGACAGCUGUGUUGCAGUCUUCGGUGUCGGAUAGCAGUCGUCACUUUAGCAGCUACCUUUGUGCCCAGCAGAGCGCCGAGUCGGCAGGCGGGGGCAAAGCCAAGAUAUUUGUUGUUUUUUUUUGAUAAAUUAGAUAAACUAAAGUCACUCUACGUAGCAAUGCCACUUCUGGCCACGUGGGGGCAGCAUAUCACGUGUCAACCCCAGUGUACGAUCAACAAAGUGCACCGCUAUUGGGACAAAGUUUAUUAUCAGUGGCUCAUUUGUCAGCACAGCACGCCCCCAUGUGGUCAGGAGGGGUAUUACUACAUAGAGUGGCUAUGAAGAAUUAAAAUGAAUUAUCUACAACGUUAAUUAGAUUAUUUCUAAUGACAGUUCUCUGUCCGAGGAAAUGCUGCUUUGCAGAUAUCAGAGCCGUGCAUACAACACAGUACAGCACAUUUAAAGGGGCGGAGACGCGUCAGAUUCCCAGUAGAGACGCCGGGCGACUUAAUGAAUGCGGGACGGACUUCUUUCUCAUCUCAAUUAAAAUCUAAGUUCAUCGUUUACACGGCCGUCAUUCACUUUAUUUAUCGUAAUAUUAGGCAGUCGAGACAAAAUGUGACAAGUACUGGAAGCAAUACAUGUAGUAACUCGUUGUGUUGUCCUGUCUCUUAUCCUCUUAUCUGUCGUAGGAGCUUCUGGAUUUGCCUGUAGACGUUGGAUAGGUUCAAAACAUUUUAUUUAAUUUGUGGAAAAUGCUGCUAUUUAAUAAGAACUGGUGUACUAAAAUAACAAGGUUAAAACAUAUCGAAAUCUGUCCUUUAGCUGGAGAUUGCUAGUUUCAAGUGGCAGUGUAAUAAUACUGUUAUAAGCUGAAGAUAAGUUAAGAAUAGUGUCAUUCUAACAGAAAUGAGUGAAACCUGUGCCAAAAUAAGUCAGAGUUAAACUGUAAGUGUGCUCAUUUAAACCACAUUAGGUAAGAGAAGACCUACUUUUGUAUGACGUAAAUGUGAAAAGUGCCAAACGAACCAUAUUUGUGGAGGCGCGAAGUUCUGGCAAACAUUUCUACGAACAAAGUUGGCUGACGGACGAAGCACCUCGGUGAAGACAACGCGUUGAACCCUCUCUGUCUCUGUUAGCUAAAUGUUCGCCAGUCGUCUGGGUGCCGCACCUCCCAGAAUGCAACAGCACUACGACUCUGGGGCUAGACUAAUCAAUACAGCGAUAGGUUACUAAUGCUAAACAAAAUGUGACUAGAUAGCAUUCUUAAAUACAAGCCUUUUAUAGUUCAAAAUGUAUUUUGUGGAAAUAGAUGUUAUCUUUUUUGCACGUCUAUAUUGCAUGAUAUCAAAGUGAAGCGUGGUCACACACAAAAAAACUUUAAAAAUAAAAAUAAAAAAGGGAAAAAAUAAAAGAAACUGAAAAUAAGUGAACAAAAAAAAAUAAAUUAGGCGGUCGGUGGUUUUUCAGAAACAAGUCUUUGCAUGCCGAUGAAGGGUAGAGCAUUUUGAUAUUUUCUACGCGUUCAAGUGUUGGUUGUUCCUCCAUGGUGCACUACAUGUUUGUUGUUACCACAGAAUAAGUGUUUUGUGCUUCAUUUGACUAACCGAACAAAACUCUUGAACAAACUAUUUUGCUACACGUUGAGCGAGCUUGGACUAAUAAUGUUUCCGUUGCUACUGGAUACACAAAAAAAAACAAAAACAAAAAAAAGUAGAGACUGAUCUCGCCCAUGAAUGUACUCACCUCUCCAUACGUCUGCAUAUCACUCUCCGAGCUGUGGCGUGCCGGCGAGGCCGACACGUGUUUCUCUGUGUUUUUGUACUCUAACAUUACUAACCCCCGACACAUGUGUGGAGCUCUCAGUAUAACUAUGUCUUCUGCCCCCCCGACCCCCGACCCCCAUCCCCGCCCCCCCUGACCCCCCAACGCUCUGAGCUCUGGCUCGUCAUUGAUAUGCACCUUAAUGACCUCAUGUAUGACAUGGAGCAUCUCAGGCCCCGCCCACUGCGUUCCAGCAGCUCGGGAAAUAAGAUUUGGAAAAGGGAGAGAGUGAUCUCACACUCACUCACUCACUUACACACACACACACACACACACACGGGUGUGUGCGCGGCGUCGCCGGCCUCCCUCGGGCGCCUCGCUGCAGACUCUGGGACAGAUUGUGUUUUCACUCCCUUAAUCUGCGUCCGAGGGUCCGAUCCCGGGGGGAGGAGCCACGCCGUCCGCCGCCCGGCACCGCCCGGGUGUUUCAUCGCUUCAGAUUCUGACCCCCAACCCCCACUCGAUGAUUUAUUGGCUUCAGCGUCCAAACUGUCCUUUUAUUUAGUUUCUCUCGUGCACGAAGGUUAUUUAGCAUCCUGACAGAAACUAAAAAAUGGGCCAAAUGAACGAGAGCGGAUCAGAGUUUCUGUUGUUGCGGGGCGAGCCGGGCCGGGGCAGGGCGGGGGUCACCGUGGGAGCAGACGUGCAUGCUCUUCUCCAUCCCUGUCUGUCUGCUCCCGCCCCGCUCCGUGCUCGUGGGUUCUCUGUCGCAGCGUAGCCCGGCCACUCUCUUGUUUCAUUUUCUGAUUUUCUUUUUCCUGUGAUGUACGGAGGAAUGUUAAACGUAGCCCCGCCCCCCCGACCUGCUCGCCAGGUGACCUCACGGUGGCUCCUCCUGGUCCACCUGUACCUCCACCCUCACCCCCUCCGGCACCGUGUGGGGCCCCCACCCCCCCACACACCCCCACCCCCCCGCGGGGCCCCCCCACCCCCGUCGAAGCACCAGCAAACUGCAGACUGCAUUUGUCAUAUCACUGUUUCUCUGUUCCUUCCUCUGGCUCUGGUUUCCGGUGUGUACUGUAUGCUCUAACCCAGGCCCGUUUAACAAGAUGCCAUUUCUGUGUGUAACCUGUUUACCCCCCCCCCCCCCUCACACACACACAUGCACGCACACACACAUGCACGCACACACACACACUCCAACACGCCCUCUUGUUUGCACUUUCACUGCCCACUCCUCCUCCUCUUCUUCCUCCUUCUCCUCCUCCUCCUCCUCCUCGCCUAAACAUACACACACUUUUCUCGUCCUCCGCCUCCCACGAGUCUCUUCUCUCGAGUGCCAAAAUAGAACAGAGGGGGAAAACAACAACAACAACAGCAGCAGCAGCAACAACAGCAACAACAACAGCCAUUCCAAGCGUUUCUUUGAGUUGUUCUUGUGUGUCGGACAUCCAUCCUGGAAGCACCCAUGAAGCCAGCAUGCUCCGCCCUCAUAACAUGAUGUCGCUCAUGACGCCUCAACUGAACUUGCCCCCCCACCACCACCUCCUCCUCCUCCUCCUCUCCUCCUCCUCCUCUCCUCCUCACCACCUCCCACAGACCAGGAUUAACCCUCUGCAGGCCGGCUGGCUGCCGGCCCUCUGCCUGCCUCUAAAACAGCCUAAAACAGCCCGCCCGCCUCCCGCCCGCCCGCCCGCCCGCCCGCCGCUCAUGCAGCUGCUUCUUCCUAACUCUGUCAUCUCUUCAGCCUGUGGGACUUCAUUGAUGUGUGCCAUAGUGUUGGGGGCACCUUUCACUCUCUUCACCUGCCCCCGCCCCCCCCCCUCUCUCCACCUCUCUCUCUCUGUAACCCCAGCUCCUUCUCUCACUCUCGCUCCAUCUGAUUUUUCUCAAUGGGAAAGAUUCAAAAACUCCAUUUUUCUAAUGACGAUCUUGUUUUUUUUUUUGUUUUUUUUUUGUUUUUUUUUUCUGUUGUUGUCGUUUAACAUCCAAACCACGCACGCCGACACAUGCACCGCCCCCCCCUCCCUCCCUCCCACCCUCCCGUGCAGGGGCGUGGGGAGUGUUUACGCACCGUCAGCUGCGCAGCCAUCCUCUGUCUUCUUGAACUUUUUUGAACUUUCACCUCCCCACCAUGAACUUUAUUGACCUUCCUCCUCCUCCUCCUCCUCCAACCCCCACCCCCUUCUGUGUUCAUCCAACUGUUUGGACGAUAACUCUUCAUUCCAUCCCCCCAAAAAACCUCUCUGAGACUGUGCAAUGCUAGCUGAUAUGAUUGGAUCUUUUAUUUUGGUUUAUUUCUUUGGGUUGUUUUUUUUCUCUUUCUUUGUUUGUUGCUCCUCACCGGGGGACGGUUCUCUGAGAUAUAAGUCAAAUAAAUAAAAAAAAAAGAACAAAACAACAACAACAAAAAAAGUAAGAAAAAUAUUUAAAAAAAAAAAGAAAUGCAGACAAACAAGGAAAAAAAAAAGGAUAAAACACUAAAAACAACUGUUUCUCCACAAUUUAAUUUCUUUCUCUCUCAUUGUAAAUAUUUUUGUCAGAGUUUUGCCGAGCUGUAAAGAGAGGAGUGUUAAGCAGAAGGGGGCCGGCAGCAUAAAGAGACAGCGGUGGACGGAGAGGUGGAUCAUUACUCUUCAUCUCCUGUAUCUGCUAGUUAGGUCUGCCUGUAUAAAGGGCCGUGCUCGUUCUGCUGUGUGACCCCGUGCUGUUGUUAUAGUGUUGAUUUACCUACUUGUAUUCGCUGUUUAGCUUCCAUGUUGGCUCUCAAGACUCUUUAGAUAACUGUGCUCAUCGAUUACUAACUUUGAGAAGAGAAGCGCUCCCUCAGCGUACGCUUCUCCACGUGCAUUCGUCAGUGUUUUUUCUACCAGUGAGUUGUAGUGGCGUUAGGAUAUUUUAUCAUCAAUGCGUUAGGUAUAUUGAAAAAAAAAUAAAUACAGAUUUAAAAAAAAAAAGACAAAAAAAAAAAAAAGCUUGGUCAUGUUAGAGACAUAUCGUCGUGGAAACGGCUCAGCUCCUCCACGUGCAGGCUGAGCUGCACCUUUUGUGCAAUACAGUCCUAGUUUACAGAGCAUAGAGUGAUAGAUUAGAGACGGUUCGCCCCUGUGGGAGCAGCUCAGCCACUUCUCUCGCCGCCGGCAGAACCAAACCGGUUUCAUAUCUCCCACAUUUCGAGACAUCCUGAAAGUAUUACAGUGGCUGUGUGAGAUAAGACCCCCCCCCCCCUUCCAUUUCAUCGCAUUGCUCUCAGCUCCACUCUUGAUUUAUGCUGCCUGCCCCAUUGCCCUGAGAACACCACAUGAGUUAUUUAUUUCUCAGACUAUUAUUAUUAUACUAUUAAUAAAUAACAACGCAACAAGAAAAAGGGAACGACUGGAAAAAGGUGAAUUAAUAUUAUUAUUGUUUUGUUUUUAUUUUUUAGUAUUUUAGUGGUUGCUUUUAACAACAUUCAUUAACUGACUUAAAGAUUAUUGAAUAUUUAAUGUAAUUGUAGCAUUGUGUUUGUAAAGAGAAAAAAAAAACCUAGUGAGUUGUGUUUCUUGACUUGUGGAUUACCAGUGAAGUGGGCAAUCUAGUGCUAAUAUAUAUGAGGUCUUUUUUUAAGGAUUCUUAUUUUGCGACAGCAACAGCAGUCAUUAUAAAUGUUCAUUUUAGCAUCA